GUUUUUAGGGUUCAAUUGUCCAUUGUCUAUCGUUUUGUUUGAUAAACGGCUAUUCUUAUUUGCGAUUGUUUGGAAUAUUUUUUUUAUGAUAAAAAGUGUUAUAAUAAAUCCGUCAAAAUUUUUCCAACAGCUAAUAUGAUGAUGGGCGGUGGUGGUGGCCCGCUCGGUCCAGGUUUACCUGGAUUGUUACCACCAGGUAUGGGCGAAAUGCCUCCACACCCUCUUGGUCCUGGACCACCGCCUGGACAUCCUGGUAGUAUUCCUGGAAUGCAGUCACAUGGACCACCACCUGGAAUGGGAAAUUUUGGUAAUCAUCGUUCUGGUGGUGGACAAAUGUCACAAGGUGGACCACCACAAUCUCACAAUACAUCACAAUCUUCAUCACAUUCAUCUUCACAUCAUCAUGGACAAUCACAAAGUCGCCAAUCAACAUCAUCAUCAAGUGAACGUGAUCGUAAACCAAAUUAUCGUUGUAUUAUAACAUUAUCCGGUCAUAAUAAGGCUGUAUCAUCGGUAAAAUUUUCUCAUAAUGGUGAUUGGCUUGCAUCAAGUUCGGCAGAUAAAAUGAUCAAAAUAUGGAAUGUUAGCGAUGGUAAAUUCGAAAAAACAAUUGUCGGUCAUAAAUUAGGUGUCAAUGAUGUUUCAUGGAGUUCGGAUUCACGUUUACUUAUUUCGGCAUCCGAUGAUAAAACAUUGAAAAUAUGGGAAAAUGCUACUGGAAAAUGUUUGAAAACAUUGAAAGGACAUAGUAAUUAUGUUUUUUGCGCCAAUUUUAAUCCUCAAUCCAAUCUUAUUGUAUCUGGAUCGUUUGAUGAAUCAGUUCGUAUUUGGGAUGUUAAAACUGGAAAAUGUUUGAAAACAUUACCAGCACAUUCGGAUCCUGUAUCGGCUGUUCAUUUUAAUCGUGAUGGUACAUUAAUUGCAUCAAGUUCAUAUGAUGGACUUUGUCGUAUUUGGGAUACUAGUUCAGGACAAUGUUUAAAAACAUUAAUCGAUGAUGAUAAUCCACCUGUUUCAUUUGUAAAAUUUUCACCAAAUGGUAAAUAUAUUUUGGCUGCAACAUUGGAUAAUACAUUGAAAUUAUGGGAUUAUUCAAAAGGAAAGUGUUUGAAAACUUAUACAGGACAUAAGAAUGAAAAAUAUUGUAUUUUUGCAAAUUUUUCCGUUACUGGUGGCAAGUGGAUUGUAUCCGGUUCAGAAGAUAAUAUGGUUUAUAUUUGGAAUUUACAAACAAAAGAAAUUGUACAAAAAUUAGCUGGCCAUAAUGAUGUUGUACUUUGUACUGCAUGUCAUCCAUCCGAAAAUAUUAUUGCAUCAGCAUCAUUGGAAAAUGAUAAAACAAUUAAACUAUGGAGAAGCGAUUAUUAAAGUUUAAAAUUUAAAAAGAAAAGAAAAAAAUUUCACACUUUA